CUAACGGCUAACAGCUAACCCCAGCUACAAUUGUUUUGACAGGUACAACACCAAGCUAUCGGCUAACUGCUAACCCCGGCUGGACUUUGAGCUUCUUUCCGGUGGGUCCGGUCGAUAGGGCGGCCGACUAGCAGCGAACCUAUCUGGAGUUGGAGCUGGUCCGGAGACCCGUGUGAACCUGUGGGCGGUACCUGGGAAGCAGAAUGUGGGGCAUUUGCAGCAGAACUGUGGCGGGGAUGGUGAAGCCCUGCAGACUCAUGAGGCCGCGUCACCUGGUGAAGCCGGUGUCGGCGACCCGGGUGGCGGGCCGGUACCUGAGCCACCAGAAGGGGCUGCCCGGCCUGCCGGUGCCGCCCCUGCAGCAGACCUGCGAGCGCUACAUCACGGCGCUGGAGCCCAUCGUGGAGGCCGAGGAGCUGCAGCGCACCAGGCGGCUGCUGGAGGACUUCCAGAAGGCCGGGGGGCUCGGAGAGAAGCUGCAGAGAGGCCUGGAGAGGAGGGCGGGACGAGCCGAGAACUGGUUGUCCGAUUGGUGGGUUCAGGUGGCUUAUCUGGACUACCGGCUGCCUGUCGUGGUUCACUCGAGUCCCGGCUUGGUUUUGCCCCGUAUGAGCUUCAGCGACAAGCGUGGACAGAUCAGAUUCGCCGCCAAACUGAUCGCAGGUGUUCUGGACUUUAAGACGAUGAUUGACAAUGAGGCGCUGCCGGUGGAGUAUCUGGGAGGGAAGCCGCUGUGCAUGAACCAGUACUACGAAGUCCUGUCGUCGUGUCGUAUUCCUGGUCUGAAGAGAGACUCGGUGGUGAACCACGCCAAGAGCUCGAGACCCCCGAAGCACAUCACGGUGGUCCACAACCACCAGUUCUUUGUCCUGGACGUCUACAACGACGACGGAUCUCCGCUGACUGCAGAUCAGCUCAGCGUUCAGCUGGAGAAGAUCUGCAGCGCCUCAUCAGGAACCAGCUCCGAACCCGUCGGCAUCCUCACCACCCAGCACCGGGACACCUGGGGGAAGGCCUACGCCGGCCUCGUCAAGGAUAAGACCAACAGAGAGUCGGUGUCGGCCAUCCAGAGGAGCAUCUUCACGCUGUGUCUGGACGGAGCGACGCCGCCGGUGUCGGACGACUCGUAUCGCAGCUGUGCGGCCGUCCAGAUGUUGCACGGAGGAGGCAGCCGGUGGAACAGCGGCAACCGCUGGUUCGACAAGACGCUGCAGUUCAUUAUUGGAGAAGAUGGAACGUGCGGCGCCAACUAUGAGCACGCUCCGGCUGAAGGUCCGCCCAUCGUGGCCCUGAUCGACCACGUCGUUGAGUUCACGAGGAAGCUGGAGUUGGGUCAACCUCCCACCGGGUCGCUGCCCACGCCUCGGAAACUACACUUCAACAUCACAGCGGACAUCAAGAAGGACAUCGAGGAGGCCAAGAACAGCAUGAACACACUGGCCGACGACCUCGACAUGAGGGUCAUCGUGUUUGGCCACUUUGGAAAAAACGUCCCCAAAGCCCACAAGAUGAGUCCCGACGCCUUCAUACAGGUGGCGCUGCAGCUGGCCUACUACAGGACGUACCAGCGCUGCUGUGCCACGUAUGAAAGUGCCUCCCUGAGGAUGUUUCGACUCGGCCGUACGGAUACGAUCCGAUCAGCCUCGAGUGCCUCGGCCUCCUUCGUCAGAGCCUUCGAUGACUCCAGCAAACAGAACACAGAGAAGGUCGAUCUAAUGGAUAAAGCUGUAAAAGCCCACCGAGCGUACACUAACAUGGCGAUCAGUGGCCAGGCCAUAGACAGACACUUGCUGGGCCUUAAGAUGCAGGCCAUGGAGGAAAAACUUUCUGUUCCUGAUCUUUUCAAAGACGCUGCGUAUGCUAAAGCCUUACACUACAAGCUGUCUACAAGUCAGGUACCGUCCAAGACUGACUGCGUGAUGUGCUUCGGCCCGGUGGUACCCAAUGGCUACGGUGUUUGCUACAAUCCCAUGGAAGAUCACAUCAACUUCGCAGUGUCGGCGUUCAACACGUGUAAAGAAACCAACGCAGCACAUAUGGCUGAGGCAGUGGAGAAGGCUCUGCUGGACAUCAGGACACUGCUGGAGCAAACGCCGAGAGCCAAACUGUGAAGCUGGUCAUGGACGACGUGGAAGCUACAGGUCAACAACCACUCGCAGUGACGUGGACGUCCUGGUGUUGGGCUACUAGUCAGUAGUCAGAGCCAGUAUUCAGUUUUCUCACCAGAUUGCCGAUGAUCACCGUGCACUUUAAAUGAUGCUGGGACUCCUGCUGUAGUCAGACCGGCUGUUCGUCUGGUCGCAGCUUCUUACAGACGUUUCUGUUUCGAUUCCUAACACAGAUGAAGCACCUGUUUACAGCAGAGAGAUUCUAAUGUUUGCCAGUAGAAACCAUCUCACUGAUGGAUGUUAAUGGAUAUUUUAUUGUUGACAAAUCGCCUGAUGAGGCCAAAGACCAACAAUCAGUGAAUCCUCGAGAAAUUAAUCAAUCUAACGAAUAUUAAAUUAAGUUUUUAAUAAAAUGUAAACUAUUCUGAUGACCUCUAAAUAGUUUUAUGUCCUUUUUCUGGUUGUAGUUUAAAGGUUCCAGCAUCAUAAAUAUAAACGUGUUGAUUUUAUGAGUCCUGACUAAAACUUUGACCCUUUGGUGGGACAAAGUCACAUUUCUGGGACACUUUUCUGAUGUAGUUGAAGCUACGACGGCCACUCACUGGUUUUUAACUGGAUGCCUUAAGGCCUGUUUCUGAACAUUUACAGUGAUUGUAGCUAAUGAGGAUGUAAACCUAGAAGGUGGACAUCGUUGGAGGAUCGCUACAAGUUUUACAAUUAAAGUGGAUUUUUCUGGAGCCAGUUCAUAGCUUAUGUUCUUGUCAGCAAAUCACCUGUUGAUGCCAAAACCAACAAUCAGGAGAUUCUAGCACCAGAUAAUGGAACAAAUAUUACAUUAAAUCAUGAAUAAAAUGUAAACUAUUCUGAUAAA